CAAACCAAAGAAACAAAAGCUAAAAACUAUUCCGUUAUUUUCGGUUAUUUAAUUUUAAGACAAUUCUCCAUCAGACGUGGUCUUAACCUGGAAAAAUUAAGACAACCAUAGAUUCAUUCACAGAUUCUUUCUUCCCUUCAAACCAAACAAAUAUCAACCAUUUCCAUUUUAAAACACCCAGAAAGUCAUUAUUUGUUUUUGCAACUUUAGUCCUGUCUUGUCAAGAGAUCUUGUUUUCAUAAUUUGUUUUAUCUUGGUGAUUGAAGGGCCUUUGAUGAUCUGGGUGUUUUCGGAAUGCUGAUCAGUUUAUAGGAAUAUAAUAAUUAUAUAUUAUUGAGAAGAUCAUGGGAAUUGAUUAUUAUAACAUAUUGAGUGUGAACAAGAAUGCAACGGAAGACGAUCUCAAGAAAUCAUAUAGGAAAUUGGCAAUGAAAUGGCAUCCUGACAAGAACCGCGACAACAAGAAAGAAGCCGAAGCCAAAUUCAAGCAGAUCUCCGAGGCUUAUGAGGUCUUAAGCGACCCUCAAAAGAGAGCGAUUUAUGAUCAGUAUGGUGAAGAAGGGUUGAAAGAUAUGCCACCAUCUGGCAGUGGUGGAUUCCCCUUUGGAAAUGGUAGUGGUGGUAACUCUAAAGGGUUCAAUCCUAGGAAUGCAGAAGACAUCUUUGCAGAAUUUUUUGGCAAUAGUCCUUUCGAAUUUGGGGCAGCAGGAGCUGGGAGGUCCAUGAGGUUCCAGUCUGAUGGAGGAGGCAUGUUUGGAGGUUUCGGGUCAAAUGAACAUGUUUUUCGAACUUAUAGUGAGGGGACCGCGCUAAGGAAACCUCCACCAGUGGAAAGUAAACUACCCUGCAAUCUUGCAGAGCUAUACUCUGGAUCAACAAGGAAAAUGAAGAUCUCCAGAACAGUAGUUGAUGGCAAAGGACGUCAAACACAAGAAUCUGAGAUAUUAACCAUUGAUGUGAAGCCUGGAUGGAAGAAGGGAACAAAAAUUACUUUUCCAGAUAAAGGAAAUGAGCAGCCAGGUCAGCUCCCAGCAGACCUCGUGUUUGUGAUAGACGAGAAGCCCCACGAUUUGUACAAGAGAGACAGCAAUGACCUCAUAGUGAACCAAAAGGUGACACUAGCUGAAGCACUUGGGGGGACUUCAGUCAGUCUCAUCACACUUGAUGGUCGUAAUCUCUCAAUUGCUGUAACUGAUAUAAUAAGCCCUGGUUAUGAGCUGAUAGUCCCCAAGGAGGGAAUGCCAAUAGCAAAGGAGCGAGGUAAUAGGGGUGAUUUGAGAAUCAUAUUUGAGGUGAAGUUCCCGACAAGAUUGACACCGGAGCAACGAGCAGGACUGAAGCGUGCCUUGGGGGGUUGAUAAUUCAAGAGAUUUUUCUCUAUAUAUAUAUUAGCCAUUAGCUUGAAUCAAGCCACCCUCAAAACUAAAGAUAAAAAUUGCUCUUUUGACAGACUCUGGUGUAUAACACACCGGGAGAAGCAUUUGCAUAUUGAAAAACAAUGUGCCUGAAUCUCAGUCCGAGUUACAUUUUACCAUAUUCUUAUUUGUCUAUAUUGUUUAAAUCUAGCAGUUCUCUCUGUAAUUCUUGCAACUUUCUUGGUUGUUACUGGUUGUCCCAUGUAAUUGAUUUUUUUCCUUUUUUUCCUCAGUGGGCUGAUUGGGUUGAGAAGGUGGGGCUUGAGGAAUAUCUUGUAUUUUCUUUUUCCUUCUUAAUUUAUCAAUUUUUUGUAUCUUCUUGGUCAAUCUUUUGUUUUCUUCUGCUAGAUCCAACCUG